AUCAUCAUCGCCUUCCACAGCAUUACAGCCACCGCCAUCACUUUUUGUGAAUAAAACUUUGUUGAAAUAUUUGAAAAACUUUAGUCACUGCACACAACUCAAGUUGUUAAUCACACCGUAAACUUAGUUCGGAUAUUAAGCUUCGGAAAUUUACAAGCGUGUAACGGCAUCGCCUCACUACCACAGCGACAGCGCCACAGCAUUUUCAUUGUGCAGCCCAAAAGGAUUACCAAGUGUUCAAGUGCUGUGAAUUGAAAAAAAGAAACAAAAAUAAAAUGAAAUUUCAUGUGUGUGUACUUUUAAUUCUAUCGAUCGUGGGAAUUCUCUCAACACAUGGCCGUCCCAUGAAAGACUCACCGAUCAGCACAAUUGUAAUACCCUAUGAACCGUAUGUCAGUCAAAAGAUCACCAAUCAUCGAGGAGAGCUGAAAAAUGUUUUCGUUCCGCUGCAGAUGGAUAUUGUGCCCAAAGCCAACGUCCCAAAGGGUCAACUGUCAAUGGCGAGGAAAGGAUCUGCAUUAAAUUUUGCCGAGGGUGCCUAUCCGGUCUACUAUAUGCCUAGUAAUGUUAACGGGAAAUUUAAUGGCAAAAUAUCGCUGCUGGUCCAGUGAGAGAGUGAAACUGAGAUUAGAAAACCUUACCUAGGGGAAUAAUUAUGUAUAGCUCUUGUGUAUAUUUAUUUAAAACUUAGUUGUAUAAGUGCUGUGAUAAAGUGCUAUUUCUUUUCUAAUUUUUUACUAAAGAAAAAUGAUUAACUUUAGAAAAUUAAGAUCAUUUCAUUUAGCCAGAGGCUAAUGUUAAUAACGUGUAAACUGUGUACAAAAAAUCCAAUACGAAAAAAAAAAAUAAACCGAAACAUUAAUAACAAUAGAUAAAACGCAAAAACGA